UUACCUCAACAAGCCAUCCACGCCACGGGCUAUGUUGGCGGCUUCAACCCAUCCCAUCCAUCCCCCUUCUCCCCACCACCAGUUACCUUGAACAAGACAUGCACGGGUUAUGUUGGCGGCUUCAACCCCGCGAAUCUGGAGCAGCUCUUGCCGUUGGCACGUUCUUUAUCGCGCACACUCCCCCUCUCCGCCCCCCUGGCCAGGUACCUCAACGAGCCGUCCACGGGGUACGUGGGCGGGUUCGACCCGGCAGACCUGCAGCAGUUGUUUUUGUUUACACGACUCACUCAAAUGCCCAACUCCCUUUCCCUAUCUCCUCCUCCCCUUCUCCCCACCACCAGGUACCUGAACGAGUCAUCCACGGGGUACGUGGGAGGCUUCGACCCGGCAGACCUGGAGCAGCUGUUCCGGGCGGUGCGCGAGAACUACAUCGCGUGGGCGUCUCAAGCGCCCUCCCCAUCCCCUUACCUCCCAUCCCACCACCAGAACGACAUCGCGUGGGCGUCGGGGUUUGCACCGCUCAUGGUGGGGCGGGACAUCAGCAGCGCCGAGGUGCGGCAGCUCACUGAGAGCGUGCUGCUGGUGCGCCCUGACAUUGCCCUCAGCGCCCUCCGGACGACCUUCCAGUCAGAUUACAGACACGUGCUGGGACAGGUGGGUGGGUUGUUGAGACGUCUCAAGCUGGGUUGGGAGGUGCAGCAGUUGAGUGAGAGCGAGCUGCAAGUAUCAUGCCCCGUGACAGUGCUAUCCACAAAGAGUGACGCUGCCGUGCCAAUGCAAGUGAGCGAGUACCUGAGGGAGGCGAUACCUGGGGCGUGCAUGGAGGUGCUACCCACACACGGCCACCUCCCCCACCUCACUCACCCUGCUGUUGUUGCUCACGCCAUCCAACGCCACUCUGCUGCCCACGAGGUGCCUUUUGAGUCGGCUCAAAAGUCACCUGGGGCAUGCAUGGAGGUGCUACCCACACACGGCCACCUCCCCCACCUCACUCACCCUGCUGUUGUUGCUCACGCCAUCCAACGCCACUCUGCUGCCCACGAGGUGCCUUUUGAGUCGGCUCAAAAGUCACCUGGGGCAUGCAUGGAGGUGCUACCCACACACGGCCACCUCCCCCACCUCACUCACCCUGCUGUUGUUGCUCACGCCAUCCAACGCCACUCUGCUGCCCACGAGGUGCCUUUUGAGUCGGCUCAAAAGUCACCUGGGGCAUGCAUGGAGGUGCUACCCACACACGGCCACCUCCCCCACCUCACUCACCCUGCUGUUGUUGCUCACGCCAUCCAACGCCACUCUGCUGCCCACGAGGUGCCUUUUGAGUCGGCUCAAAAGUCACCUGGGGCAUGCAUGGAGGUGCUACCCACACACGGCCACCUCCCCCACCUCACCCACCCUGCCGUCGUUGCUCACGCCAUCCAACGCCAUGCUGCUGCCCACGACGCUCUGGACCACGCUACGGCUCGGGGAUAUGGAGGUGGGGCGCACAUGGCUGGCUUGGAUUUCCACCGAUCCGACCGUUUGAUCCCUCCUUGCUGCUGCAUCCACCACAGAGGGAUUUCUAGAGCAUCCCACACAGACGCACAGAGGGAUUGCUUGCUGCAGAGGCAGCAGGGAGAGGCACAGGCAGAUGCAGCAAGCAGUGGCAGCAGGAAGAGACACAGGCAGAAGCAGCAGGAAGAGACAGCAAGCAGAAAGAGCAGGAAGAGACAGCAAGCAGAAAGAGCAGGAAGAGACAGCAAGCAGAAAGAGCAGGAAGAGACAGCAAGCAGAAGCAGCAGGAAGAGACAGCAGGCAGAAGGAGCAGACAGCAUUACCAUGCAACUGUGGGCCCAGAAGCGGGGUGCUGUGGGGCAGCAGGUGGCUGUCGGUGCUGCUGGCGGGGGUGUGCAGGGAGGAGCGUGUGGAGGAGGCGGCCCGCUUGAGCAGCAGGGAGCGCAGGAAGGCGGGGAACUGCGGGUUGGCGGCGUCGUGAUGGAUGAAGGGGAACCACUCCGUGCUGUCUGCUAUGCUCACAGGCGACCUGCAUGGGAGGGAUACGGGGAGUGGUGGGGAUGA